AUGCUUUUUGGUUAUUUAAAUCAAUCAUCAAUUAAUCAGAAAUUAAAUGUUUCUCGUGGCUAUAAGAAAAGAAGGGUAAAGGUUUUAAUUUUGCUUUUUCCGAUAUUUUUCGGCACCUGGGAAGAAAUAAUGGCCCGUGUUACCCAAAACCUUGACCCGAACCCCGAUUUAAGUAAAUUUGAAAGCAAGAUCCGACUUUUUCUCAACCCGGAAAACCCUACUAGGAAAUUCCAUAAUUUUGGUUUGUUACUUAAAAACUAG